GUGUUGUCGGUGACGUGAUGACGUGAUGACGUGUACGGUGACAGUAGUUAAAGUUUGUUACUGUUCGAGGAAGUGACCUAAAAGUGUCUCGCGCCGCUCGCAGUUCUGACUGAUGGAGCAAGUGAAAGAAGGAAGUGCCAGAGUGGACGUCACUACCUGUCGUCACCUGGACCGGAACCUCGUCACGGUGUGAUUUCUGAAUCAUAGUUCAGGACUAUCGUCACGGUGUGAACUGCUCCACGAUGUCCGGGGCUCACGAGCAGGGCAGGAGGCGCCGCCCCCCCAGAACCUUCGUGAUCUCGACCCACCUGCGGGUCCAGGACCGACUGGACGGAACCAUCCGCCUGCGGCGGGGGUUCAUGUGCCAGGAGCCGGCGGAAGGCAGGAGCCGAGGGGGCGACUGGCUCUGGGUCAAGGUGCUGGACAGCGGCCUGGUGGUGAAGGUCGAGCGCAGGUUCCUGCUCGACGUCCCGUCCGAGUUCAGCGGUCUGUUGGAGCCAGUGUCUGAUCCGGACGCUCGUCUGAAGCUUCUAAACAACCCGAUAAUCCUGCAGCAGCUGGUGGCGCUGCAGGCUGACGCCCCCCUGUGGGUCCAGAGGGGCCAACAGGACGAGCUGCUGGAGGCGGAGCUCAAGUACGUGGGACCUCUGACCCGUGGCAGCAGCUCUGUGUUCUUUGGGGUUCAACUGAAGGGUUCAGCGGCAGGUAAAGGAGUGAGCAACGGUUCCUUCAGAGGCCAGCGGCUCUUCACCUGCCCCGACGCCUGCGCCCUGUUCCUCCCGGCCAGCGACAUCCGGCUUCGCCACUGGACGAGCAGAAACGGUUCUGUUGCACAGGAGCGAGGCCGCGAGCGAGACCAUCGUCACCCCAGCAACGGUCACCAGAGCAACGACAGCCGCCCAAGUCACCAUCAUCUUCAGCAGCAGAGUCGUCAUAUCAGUUUCCACCAGCCUCCUCCCAGCGGCGCUCCUCAGCCGCUCGCUCCCGUGUUCCUCCCUCAAACCGCGGAGUCAGCGCCUAUCGCCGCUCAAGUCCAGACCCAGGUCCGCCGCUCUGCGUCAGCUCCGCUGCUCCACGUGGGCCAGCGGGUGUGUUUCCCCCUGGAGGACACGCUCUACGGCGGGGAGGUACUCUACUACGGGGAGGUGCGCUUCUGCGGCGUCCUGCCCAGCCGCUCCUCGUCUGGGACGUAUGUCGGCGUCCUGCUGGACGCUCCGGUCGGGAACUGGGACGGACUUCACCAGGGAGAGAAGCUCUGUCACAUUCCUUCAGUCCUCUACGGACUUUUACUGCCAAUCAACAGCGUUUCCUCAGUGUCUCCAGAGACGACGUCCCAGCGUCACACUCCUCCUCAACAACGACCAAAACCCAUCCUGAAGCCGGCGCCGUUCCCCGACACCAAACCAGCUGCUACUUCACCACCCGCCUUCGCUCCCAAGCUCGCCAUAAUGCCGCCCUCCAAACCAGCGCCGAAGCCUCCUCCACUGCCGCCGCCCAAACCCGCCCUGAAGCCUCUUUCCCCCCUGAAGCCUCUGCCCCCCCCUCUGCCACUGCCCAAACUCCGCAGUCCAACGUCGCCCACGGUUACAGAGCAACUGCAACACACCAACGGCGUCCACGGCCCCGCCUCCCCACUGCCGUAUCCAGAUCCCCCGGACGCCGUAGGGGAGGACGGAGAGGCGCUGGAGGUGGGCUCCAUGGUCGAGGUCAACGACCCCCCCAUCUUCGGGGUCAUCUGCUGGAUCGGGAGGAUCAGUGGGAUCCAUGAGCCGGUGGCCGGAAUCGAGCUGGACCAGGAGCUGUCUGCGGGGACGGACGGCAGUUACCUCGGUGAGCGACACUUCCGCUGUCCGGCCAAUAAGGGGCUGUUCGUCAAGCUGCGCAAUUGUAGGAGGGACUCCAGGUUCCCCGCCCCCGAGACACCCAUCAAUCAAGUGGAGCGCUGCAACUCCAUAGCGUUUGCCGAGUGGGGCAGCGAGCGUGUGGAGGAGGACACGCCUCCCGUGGACGGAGACGAGGCCAGAGAACGGUACCAGGGCUGGAAGAGAGGGAUCCAGGGUCACUUGAACUCCUGCUACCUGGACGCUACGCUGUUCAGUCUGUUCUCCGUCUGUAGUUCUGCAGACUGGAUUUUGUUCUGGCCGUGUGACAUUGACCCGACGUCCUGUCAGGCUCAGGACCUGCUGCGCUGUGAGGUCGUCAACCCCCUUCGAAGGUUCGGCUACGUGUGUGCAAGCAAGACCAUGGCCCUGAGGCGUCUGCUGGAGGCGGCGGACAGAAACACGGGCUUCACCAGCCAGGAGAAAGAUCCUGAAGAAUUCCUCAACAGGCUCUUCCAGCUCCUCCGAGUUGAGCCGCUCCUCAAGAUCAGGUCCAUGACCCAGCAGCCUCAGGAGUGUCACCUCUACCAGCUCUUCCCGCCCGCCAUCCCCCCCUCCCCCCCCUCACCCCAUUCCCCGGGCGACUCCCCCCCCCCUCUCUCCCUGCCCUCGUCCAGUCGGAUGAGAGUCGCCGGCGUCCAAACGCUGCUCGAGUCCUCCUUCCUCAACGCCGGCCUCAAGUUUGUUGAGGCUCCUUCCUGUCUCCUGCUGCUCAUGCCCCGGUUUGGGAAGGACUUCAAAAUGUUUGACGCCAUCUUUCCGACUCUCAGCCUGGACAUCACCGACCUGCUGGACGACACUCUGAGGCAGUGCAGCAUCUGUCAGGCUGUGGCCCAGUGGGAGUGUCUGCAGUGUUACACUGACGUGGACAUCACGCCGGGUCGGCUCAAACAGUUCUGCCCCACCUGCAACACACAGGUCCACAGUCACAGGAAGAGGACGUCCCACAGCCCGGUGAAGGUCGGCGUUCCUGCGGGACCGUGGCCCAGCUCUCUGCACUGCGCCCGCCAGACGAUGUCUCUCUUCGCCGUGACGAGCAUCGAGACGAGUCACUACGUGAGCUUUAUCAGACACGGACCGCUCCCCACCGACUGGAUGUUCUUUGACAGUAUGGCCGACAGAGAAGGUGGCGAGAAUGGCUUCAACGUCCCCCGGGUGAUGGCGUGUCCCGAGGUGGGUCGUUACCUCGGCCUAUCAGAGGAGGAGCUGAGCCGAGUGGACCCUGCCUCACUACGGGAGCCGGCGCGCCGCCUGCUGUGUGACUCCUACAUGUGUCUGUACCACAGUCCUGAGCUCAGCCUGUACAAGUGACACAUCAUAUUAUAUAUUAUAUAUAAGAUUUUAUUUUAUUUUCCACUUCAUCCAGGAGAAUAUGAAGACGUUCGUACAGCUUCCUGUUUGAACCUGGCAGUGAAAUGCAUCUUGGGGGAUUCUAGUCCCUCAUGUUUUAAAACAUUUAUGUGACAGAUUUAAGCAAAACAUUUUCUGAUAGAUAAAUAUCCAGACUCUUGUUCCUGAUCCAAUCAAAGACGUGGUUAUGAAUUUGUCUAUGAAAUGAACAUUACAUCAUCAUCAUCCUGUCAUAGUUGAGCUACAGACGACAAGUAUUUGUUGAUCCCUUCUUGUAAAUUUUGAUUUUAUAUAAAAUAUAAAAUCUGCUCUUGAUAAGAAAUGGAUUUUUUAUUGUAUAUUUUUGCUAUUCUUAUACUUAUUCUUUGUGAUACUUAUUGUUUAUGAUACUUAUUCUUUAUGGUAUGUAUUCUUUGUGAUAAUUAUUUUUUAUUAUACUUAUUGUUUAUGAUAGUUAUUUUUUUAUGAUUCUUACUCUUUGUGAUACUUUUUCUUUGUGAUACUUAUUGUUUAUGAUACUCUGCUGCUGUAACUUCUCCGGUGUGGGAUGAAUAAAGUUCUAUCUUAUAUUUCCUAUUCAGUGAAUCUUAUGCUUCUAUAUUAAGGACCGUGUUAUAAAUUAUUAUUUUGUAUUAUUAUAUCUUUAUCUUUUUUCUUUAUCUUAUUUUUCCACAAUAAAAUCAAACUAAAUCAC